ACGUUUUUCGCGUUGGUUUAUAUUUGUUUUUUCCUUUUCCCGAAAAGUUGAUAUGAUAAUCGAAGCUUUCCGGGAAGACUGGGACCGACCCGGAUUGGAUCCUUCCUACUUCCUACCAAUAAAUUUCCGCCCAUAAGCUGACGGAUUUCUUCGUGUUUGGUGCGUUUUUAGACCUCCUUUGAGCGAGAGACUUUGAUCUCUCCCUAUUUCUGAUGCAAUUUCUCUGCCACUUCCAUGGAUUCCAAGCCUCCUCAGCCUGCAGCUUCUAAUCCUCCACCAAAACCUUGGGAACAAGUAGGGGGAUCGUCGGGUCCAGCACCGUUUAAACCCCCAUCGGCUGGCAAUACAAGUGAGGUAGUUGAGGCUUCUGGGACUACAAGACCUGGAGAAAUCCUAUCUAGUUCCGAUAGGACUGCCACUGUUAAUAGGAACUCACUUGGUAGGCCUGUUCCAACAAGACCUUGGGAGCAAAACUAUGGGAAUACCAGUUAUGGAGGAGCCUAUGGUUCGACAAUGAAUAAUUCACUUUAUGGUUCUGGUAUGCAUGGUUCUUCGUCUUACGCCGGUGGAAUGUACGGCGGUGGGAUGUAUGGGAACAGCAUGUAUAGAGGAGGUUAUGGAUCUUCUGGUAUGUAUGGAGGUGGAAUGUAUAAUAGUGGCUUUGGAGGUCCAAUGGGUGGUUAUGGAAUGGGGAUGGGUGGUCCUUAUGGUGGUCAAGAUCCAAAUAACCCAUAUGGUCCUCCCUCAUCUCCUCCAGGAUUUUGGAUGUCAUUUCUGCGAGUGAUGCACGGUGUUGUGAACUGCUUCGGUCGAAUAUCUGUUCUUAUUGACCAAAACACACAGGCGUUCCAUAUGUUCAUGUCUGCACUACUUCAGCUUUUCGAUCGCUCGGGUAUGUUAUACGGAGAGCUUGCUAGAUUUGUCUUGAGGCUGCUUGGGAUUAAAACCAAACCUAGGAAAGUUGGACAAGUAGGCCCUGAUGGGCUUCCUCUUCCUGGGGCACCCCAUCCUCAUCAAGGCCGGAACUUUCUCGAGGGACCAAAGGCAGCUCCUGAAGGUUCAUGGGAUAAUGUUUGGCCAAACGGUGGUCAGUAAAUGAACAAUGUCUCUUAAUAUAAUUAGUCUAUAUCUUCAACAAGUCGCCAUCUCUACAGCUUGUCGUCGUCAAUUAUUUCAUUGUAGGUUAUAUUUUUUUGUUCUGGAAUCUGAUAAGACAACGAUAUGAAAUGGUAAAUCUGUUGGCUUUGACCUGAAAUACCAGUUUACUGGUUCUUUGGGUUGUCGGGUUUAGUAUCGUUUUGUUUU